AUGCAGACUGGUCAGGGUAUGAACAAUCUUGUCACAGGCAUGAAAGACUGUGCUGUGCGGUGUGGUGUCUCAUCUGGGUCUGAUGCCACCGGCACACAACAAACUAUUACUGGAUCAGUUUUGAAAUAUACAGCGGAGGCUCACCGUGCUUUGAUAGCGAUGCGUUGUGCAGUGAAUAAACACCCAUUUCAAUCAGUGGCAGAUCCUCUCUACUAG